UAAAACCGGGACGUUGGGUAAAACCGGGACAUGCUGUUUUGUGGCUGUAUGGUACUGCAGUACCAUAUGAUUGCAGUCAACUGGCAAUCACUUGAACUACGUGACCACUCACCAUUAGAAGUUCUAAUGAGUCGUUGACUCGUUUACCGGUUCAGUUAUAAAGUAGUUAACUAGUUAAUUUAAACGUUUUGCCUUUUAAUAUUUUUUUUAAACUUUUUAUUAAUUAUUAUUAAGAUGUCUGAUGUAGAAGAAAGUACUAGUGAUGAAGAGAAACGUCUUCCAGGAAAAAAACACAGACUAGGAAGGGAAAAAGUACUUCUGAAAAUAAGAGAAAAUUCGUUCAUAAAUAUAGGGCAGAGUGGGAAAGGGAUAGUGCAUUUAAAGACUGGAUAAAACCAAACAAAAAAGGGGCAGAAUAUUUCCACUGUAGGAUUUGUAAUGAUGACAAUAAAGCAGGUUUGUCAGCUGUUAAAAAACAUUGCAUGUCUGAAAAACACUUAAAAAACUGUAGGUCAGUGAAAUCGUCAAAUUCGUUAGUUCAAAGCUUUUCUCAAGCAACUACUUCGAAAAAUAAGGUGAAAAAGGGAGAAAUAAGACUAGCUAGUUUUAUUGCCGAGCACAACAUUUCUAUAGAGACUUCUGACCACUUGGUAGAACUAAUCAAAUCUGUUUGUCCGGACUCCAAAAUUGCAAAAAAUAUGUCUUGUAAUAGAAGUAAGUGCACUGCUCUCAUAAACAACGUUAUUGGUAAAUCAGAAUUUGAAGAAUUAGUUACUCUAAUGCAGAAUAAUAAAUUUAGUAUUAUUGUUGAUGAAUCUACCAAUAGAACAUCUGAAAAACACCUUGCAGUAGUAGUGAGAACCUGCACUGAUGACUUGAACAUUUGCGAUGAUUUUUUAGCUUUAUUGGAAGUCACAGAUGGGACUGCUUUGGGGCUGUAUAAACUUCUCACCCAAUUUUUCAAUGACAACGGGAUUCCAUACAAAUCCAAUUUAUUAGGGUUUGCUGCUGAUGGGACAAACACAAUGAUGGGUGCCAAACAGUCUCUGCAAUCUUUAUUGAAACAAGAUGUACCCAACCUGUUCAUUAUGAAAUGUGUUUGUCAUUCACUAGCGCUAUGUGCUUCAUAUGCCUGCGAGAAGAUUCCCAAGGACGUGGAUAAUUUAAUAAGGAAUAUUUACAACUAUUUCAAAUCGAGUCCUAAAAGGCAGAAUGAGUUUAAGGAGUUUCAAAAAUUUGUGGAGAUGAAGCCACACAAAUUGUUGAGGCCUUGCCAAACAAGGUGGCUAUCUCUUCUUGCGUGUGUUGAAAGAGUUCUAGAACAAUAUCCAGCCUUAUAUUCUAUAUGUUCGAGGAGAAUACCUGAACAGGGAGUGGCGUUUACUCAGAAAUACACCCAUAGAACUACAGGAAAAGAUCAAAGUUCUACUGUAUCGUUUUGGAAGGAAGUAAAGAAAACAAAAAAAGGAGAUGACAUGGAAGCUUUUCCAAAUCUAAAUUCAUUCGUCGCCCAAAUAUUCACUCUUCCACAUAGCAGCGCUUGUGUUGAGAGGGUGUUCAGCGCAGUGAAUCUCAAUAAAACAAAAACACGUAACAGACUGAGAACUAAAACCUUGACUGGUUUGCUACAUAAAAAAACUUUAUUAAGACAAAAAACAAGAGCUGCUUCGACUUUGAAGUCAACAACAAAAUGUUGAUGAAACAUAACAAUGAUUAUGUACUAGAUAAAUAAAAAUUGAACAAAGUGUAAAUAGGAUUAUUUUUUGAUUUCCAGUAGUAUUUAAUUAUUUCAUUUGCAUGUAUGAUUUCUUUUGUAAACAUGACUCAGUGUGGGUGCUUACUUGCGUGUUUAUAAUUGUGUGCAUGCAUAAUAAUAUUAUAAAAUAAUUACGAUAAUAGCCUAAUUAUUAUGUCUGAUAAUAGGAAGAAAUAUUAUGGUAGGUUAG